AUGAAAAAUAGAAAAAAGAUAUCUCCAUCUGUCACUCCCGUUCUAUCGGUCUUUCUUUCUUUCUGUCUUCCUGUCUGUCUAUAUCUAUCUAUCUAUCUAUCUAUCUAUCUAUCUAUCUAUCUAUCUAUCUCUCUAUCUAUGUCUGUCUGUCUAUCUAUGUUUAUCUACGUCUACGUAUCUAUUACUAUAAUAUCUCCAUCUGUCACUCCCGUUCUGUCUGCCUGUCUGUCUAUAUCUAUCUAUCUAUCUAUCUAUCUAUCUAUCUAUCUAUCUAUCUAUCUAUCUAUGUCUGUCUGUCUAUCUAUGUUUAUCUACGUCUAUCUACGUAUCUAUUACUAUAAUAUAUAUCUGUCUCUCUCUUUCUAUCGGUCUCUCUUUCUUUCUUUCUCACUAUCUAUCUCUCUUUCUCUGUCUCUAUCUAUCUAUCUAUCUAUUACUAUACCCUUAGAGACGUAUAUGAAUCGUUUUCAUGAAGCCAUUCAUAGUAAAGUGGUCAGUAUACUCUUUUUCAUUGAUACUGCUUACGCCGCAUAUGGAAAACAUGCCAGAAGCGUCUUUCUUUCCCAAAGAAACACCAAUCAGGACAUGGAUCAGUAG